UCUCUAGCUCUUACACACAGGAAUAGUGCUCUACCUACACCUAUCUAAUCAUUGCGACAGUGCUCCUUUGAACAAGGCGCGGCGCCAAGUUAAUCUGGCAUCCUGUAGUACGCCGUCAUAUCAUGACAGGAUGACCCUUUCGAUCCCGGCUGUCUCCCGUCUCUUCCCGUCUGACUAUGGAAGCCUCUCCUUUGACCCAGCAGGCACGCCCUGAAAUAUUCCAACAGAAGAUUGUGAAGCUAUACGAGGCUUUGUUCCAGGAUGACGUCGAUGCCGACAGCGAGAAACCUGAAGGUUUCUGGCGCGAGUUCUUUCUUUUGAAGCCCGACCGAGCAUCAUUGCUGAAGAUACUUGCCGAAUUCAGCCCCGACGAUUUAAUACAUCUUCAGCCCCAGACACGUCAGCUCUUCUUCCGCGCUGUAGCGUGCCUGAAGAAAGGGAACAGUAUCGCCGUUUUACAUGCAUUAGAGACCCUUACGACUUUCUUCUCUGCCACUCUCUCCAAGAAGUAUACGAAUCCUAGCUCGGAUAUAAUAGCGGUACUAGCCGGGCUCGAUCAUGUUGAUACGAUCUUUACGGAUUUUGUUGGCGCUCUGGACAGCAUCAUUCGCAAUGGGAAUACGCUCGAGAUUCGGCAACGCGCCGUUGAGGUUAUGUUGUCUAUUACAUCCGGCGCUUACCAAACCAGCCUCUUGACAUAUUUCAUUCAGAGAGAUCUCUUCCCGGCUAUCAUGAAGUUUAUUCAAGACUCCGAUUCCCCCGAUAUGGCUCUGGAGCCUUUUACCUUGCUUGGACUUCUCGCAAAUUACAACAAAUUCGAGUUUCAAAAUCCGUACCAGCUCAGACUCAAUGACUUUGUUAAUGAGACUGCCAUACAGAAGAUUGUUCGAUGCGUUGGGCAUACUUGCAAAGAUUUGAGAGGCCAAUACAUUGAUAUUCUUGAGGAUCUGCCUGAGGGGUGGUCGUUGUCAAAUACACUCAGCAUGAUAGGCCUAGGCAAAAUUACUCCUGGCGCCAAGCCGAACCAAAAACCCAACUAUGAUCCCGAAGCAGCAAAGCAGAUGUUCGCUAAAUUACCCGGCGAAGAAGCUGCUGUGCUACUUGGCCUAUACGAUUUUAGUCAUGCUAACAAGCUCUUUUGCUUCAACUUGGUCACAAUGUCUGCUGACAAAGGCGAAGAGCAGCCCAUAUCCAGCUUACUUUCGCUGACAUCCUACCUCCUUCAACAUGCAUUUCUUUCGAACAGGGCUACAAACUAUGCCCAUCUCAGUCUUAUGGUAUUUCGAUUGCUUAUCGAGGACCAAGUUUUAUGCAAACGUAUCUGUAGCGAAGAGAGCAAAGCUACUGUACGGCUCUGUCGUCAACGGCAGCCAUAUCUUCCAAUCGUCAAGGGAGAACGUAUUCUCGCCACAAGUGUGCUGGACACUAUGAUUGAUGGCAUUAAUCAUAACCUUCGCCGAAGGUUGGAUGUGAGCCUUUAUACGCUGUGCGUGGGCAUCACAUUACGAAUCGUAUCCUAUCUAUCGCGUUCUCGAACGCGUAUACAGUACCAUUGGUCCGAAUUGUUUCGCUCUCUUCUCGCAUUAGUCCGUUUCCUGACUACAUAUGCCUCUGACCUAAAGAGCUUGCCGCAUUUUGAGACCUUACUAGAUCUCGUCGUUAAUCUCCUAGCCUUAUCAUUGUCUGCUGGUGAGGCCUUCCUUCCAACUCCAGCCGCAUACGAUGAUCUGUUCUACAAGGUUGUAGAAAGCGGCGAAGUUUUGGUGAAGUUUCGUGAUACAUACAACCUUUCAAAAAGGCCCUCCAAUUCAAUAGAUACGCUCGUCAACGUUACAGCGCAUUACAAGAUCUUGCUGGAGUCAGGUGGCCCGAAGAAGAAUCUUACAAGUACGGAAGUAGCGGAUGUAAUCAAGCAAGGCUACGAGACCCUGAGUAUUCAGACGAAAGAAGGAUUAGAUGGAUGGGAAAGAUACCGUGAAGCGGAUGAUCGAACACUAUUGAAGAAGAUGGCGAGAGCCACAGUUAUGGAUGUUAAGAUUAUGGUACAAGUUUAGGAAGAGUGUAACAAUCUAGCAUUAUUAAUUGUGAACUCUGUGAGGAAGGUGUUGCGAUCGAUUGUUGGAGCUUCUUGGGGCCUUUACUAUGGACGUCAAUCCCGAUUUUAGGCAAGUCAGUCUUUUGAUCC